AUGCCCCGACGCCCCGUGGCUCCUUCCAAACAACCCGGACCCCGGUCGCAAACAGCUUUAAGGAAAGAGCAACCUGACACCAGGUUCCUCUCCACUGGCUACGUCUCGAGUCAGAGCGAUGGCCUGGAGGAAGGAGCACGGUGCCGAGCUGAGUACCGGAAGAUCGACACGAAGCCUGCGCUCACUCCAGUCAACUGUCCGCCCCCCAAAGGAACUCGAGCAAGGACCCAAGGCGAACGGCUGGUGGGCCGUCUGAGAUACGGCCCAGUGCAUACUCGACGCCCUCACUCGGUAGGCCAGCCCUCGCCUUCCGUCGUCACAGGCCCGGUGCCUGCAACUCCUGCAGCGACUCUGUUUUGCAUCGAUAUAUCGAAUUGGGAAGUGCCCCGUCUAGCGGUGAAAUGGCACGCUGCCCUCCGAGCAAAUGCAGGAGUCGUUCCGAUUCGCAGUGGUCUUGGCGGCUUGGAGGGGAGAGCGGUCUAA